CUUUUAACCAUGAUCUAAAGGCUAUUCAUCUUGCUAUUCAACGUGGUCAAACCACCGCCAUUGAAAUUUUAAUGUGUCAAGGAGCUGAUCUCAAUGUCCAGGCAGCUGACGGUCAGAUGUGUCUACAUGAAGCCAUCAAACUCUGUUACAAUACUGGGAGACAUGUAGAAGAAAGUGACACGCUACGAAAGAUUUCAGACGAGUUUUACAAUGGAAACCUAUCACCCGAGAAGGCUUUGGUGUGCUAUCUUCUUGAGAACGGAGCUAAGCCAGAUGUGGCUGAUAAGUCAGGGAAACUACCAAUACACUAUGCCAAAGAUGAAGUGGUUGAACAGAUGAUCUUAUCGAGAAUAAAAUCUCGUGAAGAGGUCCACUAUUAUCAAGAAAGCUUGAAUACAGAACGUCCCAAUGAAUCUAAGGUCUCUGCUGAAGCAGUUUCAGAGGAUUCCAUAACACCCCAGGGUGAUCCAAACCUUGCAGAUAAGAGGGAGCAGAGUGAGCAGAAUGAAAGUCAAACCAAAACUACAGAAAGAGAAGAGGACCAUGCAGAUGAUGGAGAGGAAGACUUGAUUCAACUUGAAAAGCAUGGUAUUACGGUCAGGAUUUCGAAAUAUGAAAUUUACAGCGCAAAGGACAUCACCGUGGAAGUGAUUGAAGACGUCCCACCUGAGCUGGAGCUGAAGGAGACAGAAGCCAUCAUUUCGGUUGGAUUGAAGAUGUCACCUUCUGAUGCAAUCUUUGACAGUCCUGUGAUAGUAACGAUGCCCCAUUGUGGUGUAUUCACAAAGCCAAAGGAUGCAGAAGUCUUCAUCUAUUAUCGACAAAGUGAUUCUUCAAGCUUUACUGCUGUACCAUCGACCAGCACUAGUAACCCAAGGUGUGUCAUGAGGGAACGUGAUCUCGAUAUCUACUUAGACCACUUCUCAGAAUUUUGGAUUGUGGCUGCCAUUGAAUGGGUAUUCAUUGGAAAACGUGUUAUUUGUACACCAUAUAUACCUGAGUUAACUCUGAAGAAUGAAGAACACGUGAUUAUUGUCGAAGUACGACAUGAAAACAUUGAAGGAGAGAGCCUGGUUGGUUACGUUGCCCCAAUGAAAGGAGAACAACUCUUACUAAGAUGGCGUAGAGGUGGAUUGAAGAUUACUUGUCAAGAAAGCACUGAGAAAGAUAAAGCUAAGGUAAAAUAUGGGUAUAUUCACUUUUGA